UCCGUCAAAGAGUUCAUUAUCUGUCAAAUCGGACUCUCGUUGUACUCCAAGAACCAGAACUCCAACUCUUACCACUCGAAGACCUAUACCUUCUAUUUGUGUCCGCGAUCUCUGAUUAACCGCAAGUUUACGUUUUCCAUCGACAUGUCUGCCAUCGAGUUCUUGGCCUACAAUCACUUUGAUUUUGAUAAAUUCGCCAAAAAUGGUAUCAAUUAUUUGAAUGAAAAGGAAGAACAGGAUCUGAGGGAACAUUUCGACGACUAUUUGGACAUCGAUUUCAUAGACUGUCCGCUCAGAUACGAGAGCUCUAGCCAUCAGUUGUCUGACUGGUUGUCCAAUCGACUCAUUGGCAAGGAUUGUGGCAAUCAAUUGGUUCUGGGGUGUCGUCCCACAGCCAAUCCAUUACUGAAUUACGCCUUUUUAAGGGAAUUUCGCCGAAACUUCACUUCGGUUUGGGUUCAAGAAAUGAACGGCCGAUUUGUCGCCACUCCUGUCGAUGAGAAACAAAGGGCUCAACACAUGAAAGAGGAACAGAACGAAAGGGAACGAGUGAUCGACGGAAUGGUUGGGUUCUCCAAAAUAUUCCAGUGUCUGGUCGACGCCCGAAGACCCAUCGUUGGACACAAUAUGAUAAUGGAUUUGCUGUUCAUAUAUCACCACUUCUAUCAGCCCCUUCCCAGUCUGUCUCAACACAAUUUGGCCGAAUUGUCGCAUAUCUUCAAAAGUUCCUCUUUAGGCGAAAUAUAUCUGAAACUAUUGGACGACGAGAUUGUCAACAGUUUUCUAAAUUCUCCCAAAAUUGAACAAUUGGUUGAUGACAACCAUAAAGGUGCCGACCCAUCGGCCACCAAAUCUCAAUGGCUUAUCGCGAAGAAACGAAACAAAAAUUCAAAGUUUUUGAUAUCAAACUUGACGUCUAAACUGUCUGAAAAGGGNGUGAUUUACUUUCGAAAGACAUUCCUUUAAAUCUUUUCUUUAGACUAAAGAGUAAUUGUUUAAAGAAUUCCCACUCAAUGCCUAUAAUAGUGGCGUAUAUGCCAUAAACUUG